AUGUUAGAAGAACCGAUUGAUCACAACAGACGAGUUCGCAUCGUCGUCAGUGAGUUGAUCAACCUCGAGAUCAUUUGGAGCCGGUUAUGCCGGCAUAGCCCUGGCUUGUCGUCUCCCAGCGCCCCCACCAUCUCCGCCUAUCUGGUGCCUACACUCUCCAAUGCCAGGGUGCGCAAUCUUGCGCUCGAACGAGACCGCGGUAUCCUCCCGUCCUUCGUGCCCGGGCGCCCGGUGCCCACCGUAGAAACCGCCCUCGCGUUCCACAACGCUGUUGGCCCGUGCCGCGGGCUGGACAACCUCGUACAAAACUCGGAGGGGGAGUGGAAGGCGCACACGGUCCUCAUGAUGCUGGACGAAAUCAGCGGGCACGAGGAGGACCAAGGAGGCGGGUACGCUUACGAGGAGCGUACGGUGACCUGGGGCGAGGUGCGGACGCGCGAGGUCGAGCAGAUAGAGCGGGAGCCGGAGGUCGUUAUACGUAGGUGCAGCGUACGUAUUCAAUAG